AUGAUUUUGUGUACCGGAUUCAACGCGGCCCUAGAAGUAGAUGAAAGAGGUGCACCAGCAGGACCAGCUGGUACCGGUAAAACUGAAACUACAAAAGAUCUUGCUAAGGCCCUUGCUAUUCAAUGUGUGGUCUUCAAUUGUUCUGAAGGUUUGGACUUUAAAAUGAUGGGUCGUUUUUUUUCUGGAUUAGCCCAAUCCGGAGCUUGGUGUUGUUUCGAUGAGUUUAAUCGUAUCGAUAUUGAGGUUCUAUCAGUUAUUGCGCAGCAGCUGAUCACAAUUAGAAAUGCAAAAGCAGCAAAAGUAGCGAGAUUUAUGUUUGAAGGUCGAGAAAUUAAGCUAGUUCAACGAUGCGCUGCAUUUGUCACAAUGAACCCUGGUUAUGCAGGCCGAACUGAACUGCCAGACAAUCUAAAAGCCUUGUUUAGACCCAUAGCAAUGAUGGUGCCCGAUUACGCUUUAAUUGCCGAAGUAAUAUUAUAUUCGGAAGGUUUUGAAUCAUCUAAGAAAUUGUCCCAAAAAAUGGUACAAAUGUACAAAUUAUGUAGUGAACAACUAUCACAACAGGACCAUUACGAUUUUGGAAUGAGAGCAGUAAAAAGUGUUUUGGUUAUGGCAGGAUCUUUAAAAAGAGAUAAUCCUGAGAGAAAUGAAGAUGUGGUAUUAAUAUGUGCUCUCAGAGACAGUAACUUACCCAAAUUUCUGUCUGAUGAUGCAGUUUUGUUUAAGGUAAAUAUUUAA